GAAAAUCAUAUGGAACAAAUUUCUUCAGAAUUUUCUUCCCUCUGUUUACAUAGUUAAAAAGUGAAAUUCUAUUUGAAUUCUUGAUUUAAUUCCUUUUAUAUUUUGAACCAAUUGUUCUACAUAAUUUACUGAGAAUGCCCCGUGAACCAGUUUCAGGUGAUUCUGGUCCAACUUUCGUCGGAAUUAGAUUUUGUCAAGAAUGUAACAAUAUGUUAUAUCCGAAAGAAGAUCGGGAAAAUAAAGUGCUGCUUUAUGCUUGUAGAAAUUGUGAUUAUAAACAAAUUGCUGAGAAUAAUUGUGUCUAUGUUAACAAGAUCACUCAUGAUAUCGAUGAAUUAUCUCGUAUUGUUCCCGAAGUGGUACAUGACCCAACUUUACCUCGAACCAAAGAUCAUCCUUGUCCGAAGUGUCACCAUAAAGAAGCCGUUUUCUUCCAAGGUCAAUCGAGACGAGCCGAAGAUGAUAUGAAGCUUUACUAUGUUUGUACCGAUUCUAAAUGUGCCCACAAAUGGACUGAAUGAUCAAAUUAAUCAAAUUCCAAUAGAAAAACAAAACAAAAUCUCUUUCCCUUAUAGUCAAUUUCUAUUACAUCUUUUAAUGUAUCUUCAAUUAGGAGAGGAUAGAAAAACUAUUUACAUCAUUUUCAUUUACAAUUACAAUUACAAAAUCCUUUUCACAAGUUUGUAAAAUCUCAUUUUAUCAAAAAAGUAUCUCAUGACUUAAUUACACAAGUGAUAAUAAAAAAAUUAAACUCUUUGAGUGUUAAAACUGUAGAUAA